UUUUCCUUUUUCUCUCUUUUUAUCUAUUUCGCAUUUUUUUUCUCUCGUUCUCCUCUAUCUCUCUCUCUGUUUCUUCGUCCCCGAAUCAUGCCCGUCGAAUAAAACCCUAAUUUCGUCUCUGUUUAGUGUUUCACUCUAUCGCGGAGCUGUAAAAUUAAGCUUGGCAGGCGUAAACUAGGGUUCGGUAUAUAUGUCCUACAAUCAAUCGAGGUCCGACAGAGGCGACACACAAUACCGCAGAACUGGGCGAUCGGCCGGUUACCAUCAUCAGCACCAGCAGCAGCGAUCUUCCUCCGGUGGUUACGGUAGAGGCGGUGGCGGCUCAGCCACCGCGCCCGCCCCUCUCUUGUCGGCCGACUCUUCAGCGUCCUAUGCGUCGUCUUUUUCCUCAAAUCGCAGCGUUAAGAAACCUGGCAAUGCUCAAGGAGGGCAGUCUCGGGUGAAUUUGCCGCCUCCUAAUUAUUCGGGUACUAAGGACGCUUCUCUGCCUCCUAACAAUCAGAAUGGUUCCAAUGUACAGUCCCAGUCUCAGGGAGUGUCUGAUGAACCAGUUAGUGGAACCAGCACCACCAAUCAAUCUGAAUAUUCCUCGACCAGCAGAAAUAGCCGAGUUAUUCCGAAGGCUCCACCUUCUCAGUCUGCCACCAUUAGUUCCAAGAGCAAUGAGCCGUCGACCCCUGCUAAGGCCUCUGGGGAUGCAUCUAAAGCAUUUUCUUUCCAAUUUGGUUCACUGGGUCCCGACUUAAUGAAGAUUCCUGCUCGUACUAGCUCAGCGCCUCCGAAUUUGGAUGAACAGAAACGUGCACAGAUGCACCAAAGUUCUUUAAGACCAGCACCGAAUCUGCCAACUCCUGUCCCUAAGCAAGAGUUGCCAAAUAAGGUUAUGGAUAAUCAUUCUGUCAGUAAAGAGGCCCAUGCAACACCCAAGGAUAAAAGAAAUGUGCAGGUUGCACACGUACCCCAUCCAAAUCAGACUCAAAAGUCCCCCAUCUUACCUGUUCGAAUGCCUUCUGUGCAGACACCUUAUCAGCAUCCCCAGAUUCCUCAUCCUGUGCACUUUGGUGGCCCGAAUAUGCAUAUGCAGCCUCAGAAUGUCUCUGCCACCUCAUUUCAGAUGCCAAUGCCUAUGGCAUUAUCUAUGGGAAAUACUCCACAAAUUCAACAGCAGAUGUUUCUUCAAGGUCUUCAGUCUCAUCCGAUGCCUCAUCAGGGUAUGAUGCAUCAGGCACAGGGAUUGGGUUUUGCAACUCCAAUGGGCACUCAGAUUCAUCCACAGUUAGGCCACAUGGGUGUGGGUGUGAGCCCACAAUAUCCCCAGCAGCAAGGAAAAGUUGGUGGGCAACGUAAGACCACCCCUGUCAAGAUUACUCAUCCCGACACACGUGAGGAGCUGAGUUUUGACCGGCCAGGCGAUACUUAUUCAGACAGUGGAUCAGCGGCUGUGAAAUCUCUUCCUAAUAUGCCUCCAGUAUCACAGCCAGUGUUAUCUUUUGCUCCUCGUCCGGGUAAUUAUAUGCAGAGCUCAUAUAACACCAACGCCAUGUUGUUCCCCCCUGUUUCUGUACCACUAAACAGUAAUCUGAUGGCAGCCAAUUCUCAACCACCAAGAUUUAAUUUUCCAGCCCAAGGGUCUCAGAGUGUACAAUUCGUCAAUCAAUAUGCUAAUAGCCCGUCACAACUUGUCAGAGCUAUAUCCCCUUCACAUACUUCUUCAGUUUCAUCAUCUGUGGCACAUGAGCGUGAUGCACAAAUUGCAAGUUCAUCUGGCGUAUCUGCAACUUCAAAGGUAUCGGUGAAGCCAGUUGCUGCUUCUGGAAAACUUGGAUCGCCUCAAGUAUUAAGGCCAUCUGGAGAAGCUAACAUUUCUUUUCCAGAAAAGAACGCCAAUUCAAGUUCAACAAGCUCUUCACUGCAACCGAAACCUGGAUCUGUCUCUGGGGUAUCCACUCCAUUUGCUCCUCCAGUUUCAAAAGAUGAAAGUGGACUAGGUGGAACAGUGGAUGAUUCUAACCCUAUUGGAGAUCAUCAGAAGCAUACAGGCAAGAAGGAACCUGUUCAUCGCUUAUAUGAGGCUAAUCAAGAACCUCAGACUUUUGAUUCCUGUCUUCCCACUGAUGAGUUAACUUCAAUAGCAAUUAAUGCUAGGGAACAUCCAUCAGUUCCACCUUCCAGUGGGUGUAGGGAUGAAUUGGCUGAGGCGUCUUUUGAUACUUUGGCUUCUGACAUACCACACUCAAAUGUAGACCAACUUACAGAAGAGUCAAGGCGUGUUUCCUCAGAGAUUUGUGGCUCUCUGCAAGAUGUAGAGCGAACCUGUGAUGCUAGAGGAAUCAAUGUUGGAGGUGAUCAGGGUGUGACUGACAAGCAUAUUGAAAGGUCCCCCGAGGCGGAUGCUACCUCCAGUGCUUGUCCAGGUUCGGAAAAUGUUGCUGAUGUUGCAGUAAUUUUGAGCUCUGUGCCUAUGCAUUCUGCUGAUGUGCAGUCCCCAAGUGCUCCCACUUAUCACUCUGAAAGGCCACUGGGACAUCAUGGUGCUGAAAAUGCUGAUGAUCGUUUCUCCUCUGUUCCCGUCGCUGUUUCAAAGGAUAAAUCUCCAUUAGAAUCAAACACACUGAGAAAUACUACUUCCAGAGGAAAGAAGAGGCAAAAGGAGAUUCUUCAAAAAGCAGAUGCUGCUGGGACAACUUCUGACCUUUACAUGGCUUACAAAGGACCUGAGGAAAAAGAAGAGACAGCAACACCUUCAGAAAGCGCAGCUGUCAAUGACGCUUCAAACCCUAAACAGGCACUUGUCCAUGGAAAUCAUGCUGUUACUGAAGCUCCCAAGGUUGUUGAACAGGUGAAAAACGAACCAGAAGACUGGGAGGAUGCUGCUGAUGUCUCCACACCGAAUUUGGGAACUGCAGAUUCUGCUGUGCAUGCAGAGAGAGGAGACAACUUAAAAGACAGCAAUGAGAACAAGAAAAUGAAGUAUUCUCGGGACUUCCUCCUUAAGUUUGCAGACAAGUGCACUGCUCUUCCUGUGGGCUUUGAGAUGGCGCCUGAAAUUGCAGAUCUCAUGAUCAGUGCUAAUGUGGGUGUAUCUCAUCUUGAACGUGAUUCGUAUGGUACCCUUGGAAAGGUUAUGGAUCGUCAAGGCAGCUCUUCCCGAUUAGAUCGACGUUCUGGCAAUAUGCCUGUUGAUGACAGAUGGAUGAAGAAUCCUGGUUCGUUUGGUUCAGGAUAUGGUGGUAACUUAGGCUUCCGACCUGGUCAAGGAGGAAGCUCAGGAGUUUUAAGAAAUCCACGUAUGCAGGCACCUAUCAUGUCUAGGCCAAUGCAAUCUGUGGGUCCUCUUGGAGUAAUGGGACGAAAUAGUCCUGACUCUGAAAGGUGGCAACGUGCUACUAAUUUCCAGCACAAAGGUUUGAUUCCUUCUCCGCAUACACCAGCACAGAAGAUGCACAGAGCUGAGAAGAAAUAUGAAGUUGGUAAAGUGGCCGAUGAAGAAGAGGCAAAGCAAAGGCAGUUGAAGGGCAUCUUAAACAAGCUGACCCCUCAAAACUUUGAAAAACUGUUUGAGCAAGUGAAAAGUGUUAACAUUGACAAUAUUGUUACACUUCAGGGUGUCAUUUCACAGAUAUUUGACAAAGCAUUAAUGGAGCCUACCUUCUGUGAGAUGUAUGCAGAUUUCUGUCUGCAUCUGUCUAGCGAGUUGCCUGAAUUUAUUAUUGAGAACGAAGAAACGACUAACUUUAAAAGAUUGCUUCUCAACAAGUGCCAAGAAGAAUUUGAGAGGGGGGAAAGGGAAGAAGAGGAAGCUAGCAGAGCUGAAGAAGGGCAACUAGAACAAACUGAGGGGGAAAGAGAAGAAAAGAGAGUUAAGGCUCGACGGAGAAUGCUGGGUAAUAUUAGACUUAUCGGUGAGUUGUACAAGAAAACGAUGUUGACCGAGAAAAUCAUGCACGGAUGCAUCAAGAAGAUGCUCGGAUAUAAUGAGGAACCAGAUGAGGAGAAUAUUGAGGCUCUGUGUAGAUUAAUGAGCACAAUAGGAGAGAUGAUCGACCGUUCCAAAGCUAAGGGCUCUAUAGAUGCAUAUUUCGAGAAAAUGAAAAUGCUGUCUAAUAAACAAGAACUGUCUUCUAGAGUGAGGUUCAUGUUGAAAGAUGCCAUUGAUCUGAGAAAGAAUAAAUGGCAGCAAAGGAGGAAAGUUGAAGGCCCAAAAAAAAUCGAGGAAGUGCACAGAGAUGCUGCUCAAGAACGUCAAACUCAAACUAGCAGGCUUGCACGUGGGGCCUCUAUUAGUUCCUCGAUGAGGAAGGGACCUUCUGAUUUUGGUCCAAGAGGAGGCAUGAUGUCAUCUCCUGGUGCCCAAACAGGUAACUUUCACGGGUUAACCCAAGCUCGUAGCUUUGGUAAUCAGGACGCCCGAUUCGAGGAGAGACCAUUUUAUGAGGGUAGGGCAGUUCCAAUGCCUCAAAGGACAUUAGGUGAGGAGUCUAUUACCUUGGGUCCACAAGGUGGCCUUGGUCAAGGAAUGUCUACAAGAAGGCCGGCAGUAGCUUCGAAUGCUUCACCUGCUAGUUUGAAUGGUUUUGGCACACAUAGACCCGCAAGUCCUGCCGCUGCUUAUGGACGAUCUAAGUCCAGUCCUCAAGAGCAGAAGGGCACAAGUUAUGGCACUAGGGACUCUGCUGGUUCUGCUCAUGUUUCUGAUCUGUCUGCACCAGGGGCAUCUUCAACUGAAAAUGCUGCUUCAGAAAACGUUUUGUCAGAGGAACGCCUACAUGACAUGUCUAUGGCAACAAUUAAGGAAUUUUACAGUGCCCGAGAUGAGAAGGAGGUUGGUUUAUGCAUCAAAGACCUACAUUCACCAAGCUUUCACCCAACAAUGAUUUCUCUCUGGGUUACUGAUUCUUUCGAGAGAAAGGAUAUGGAAAGAGAUCUCUUGGCUAAGCUCCUCGUUAAUCUCGUGAAGUCUCUUGAUGGCGCCAUAACUGGAGCCCAACUGGUUAAAGGGUUUGAAUCGGUUCUUACAACUCUGGAAGAUGCCGUGAACGAUGCUCCAAGAGCAGUAGAGUUUCUCGGGAGAAUCUUCGGAAAGGCUGUGACCGAGAAGGUAGUCCCCUUGGCCGAGAUUGGUCGGCUGAUACGAGAGGGCGGGGAGGAGCCGGGAAGCUUAUUAGAAUGUGGGCUCGGAGGCGAUGUGAUGGGAAGUGCGUUGGAGAUUAUAAAGUCAGAGGUGGGCGAGGCUGCAUUCGAGGAUAUACGCCGGAGCUCGGGUUUGCUGCUCGAGGAAUUCAAACCACGCGAACCGAACCGGUCUAAGAUAUUAGAGAAGUUCACUUAGUGGAAAGAAAAAAAAAACGGGGGCAAUGUGACCAAAAAACAAAAAAAAAAUGUUUAGGGGUAUUAUGCUUUUCUGCCUUCACUAAUUUGGGCAAAGGGGGGAGGGGUAUUUGAAGGGCUUAAAUAUAGUAUCCGGACUCGCCUUCUGUAUUUUUUUUUUCCUUUUGAAUUUUAUUCCUUGAUAAAUAUAACAUUAACUUGGAAAUUUUCAAGCCA